AUACCAAUAAAAGAUGGCGUUUUUUGCCAUGGCGGUGAAAUAUAAACAAACUUUGGAUACAUGAAAAAAAAUGUAUUAACAACUGGAUAUUCAAUGUCAUUCAACUAAAAUAUUUAAAGAAAUUUUUAAAUGAAAUGGAUUUUCAACUUUCCCAUAAACUUUCAUCAAUGUCGCUUCCACACACUGCAGAAGUUACUUCAAUAUUAUCCGAAGCAGAAGAAAUUAAAACCGUUAAAAAGCUUAAAUCAAAGGGUGAAAAAGCCUUUCUAAAGGGAGAUUUUAAACUUGCAUCAGAUAAAUUUAACGAAGCUUUAGAAAUUGAUGAAAAUAAUGUUGAAAUAAUCUACUCUAGAGCUGCUUGUAAUGUCCAAUUAGGUCUAUAUAGAGAGGCUGAUGAAGAUUUAGACAAAGUAUUAAAAGUUCAGAAAUUAAAUCCAAAAUGUUAUUAUUUGAAAGGGAUUAUAAAUUUUCACUUGGACGAUUAUGAGAAGAGUUUAUCAUACUUUACAAUAUCUUUAGAAAAUGGGUUUCAAAAUAUUGAUUCUUUAUCCUUAUCACUGGCUAAUCUUGUUUCAAAAUUAGUUGACGAUGAAGUAUUAUUAAGUUUAGAAGCGCCAGCCAGACUUGCAGAAGUUGGUUGUAUUUUAGCUAAAAGUAAAUAUAUUCAAGAAGCUCAGGCUAUCCUGGAAGUAGCCAACAAUUUACAAGUUAAUAGUCCUACUAUUGGAAUACGAAUGAGAAUUCUAUUAACCUUGGCUAAUUUAAAAGCGAAAUUAGGUGAUUUAACGGCUGCAGUUGAAAUUUACGAACAUUGUGAAGCUGUUGCACUAUCGUGCCAUGAUGAAAAUUAUCAAAGUAAAUCCUUAAUAGGGUCAGCCUCCAUAUUCUUAGAACUUGGAUUUACUCACAAAGCUAUAGUCGCUUAUGAGAAAUUAGCGGAUUUGGAACAGGAUCAUGAUCCAAAAUUCGUUUGUGCGCUUCAUCUAAAUUUGUCGUUGGCCUAUAAAGCUGUUGGUUUACUAGAUAAAGCCAAACAUCAUGCCAAACUCUAUAUGGUAUUAGCAGAAAAACACGGUAAUAUUGAAGAAGCCAAAAGUCAUUUAAACCUUGGUAUAAUUUGCAGUCUCAAUGGAGAUUUAAUCAAUGCCCUGGAGCAUUUCAAAACCUAUUUAAGAUCAUGUAAAAGAAUUCCGAACCAGCUAUCUCGAGGCUACUCUUGUCUUGCAAGCGUUUAUGCUUCAUUAAACCAUCCAAAUUUAGCUUUGGUCUACUUGGAACAAUUGGAAAUUCUAUUAAAUUUCGUUUCUGACACUGAAAAAUCAGAUAUUUACGAAAGUCUUGGAGACGCUUAUGCCCAAUUGAAAGACGUCGAUAAAGCUGUUGAAUGUUAUCAAAUGAUGUCGAAAAAGGGUAGAAAUAGCGUGAUAUCAGCCUAUAAAAUUGGUAAGGUAUACGCUGAAAAUGGAAAGAAUGAAAGAGCACUCUUCCAUCUGGAUAGAGCCUCUUCUGCUGAUUUUACAAAAGUAGAAGAUAUGCAAGAUAUAAUGUUAGCUUGCGACGUUAAAUCUGCAUGUAUUCUAGCUUCAAGCCGUUCGGCGAAUGAUUUAGACAGGGCUCGUUCUUUAUUUUCAAAUAUUAUACCCAUCCUCGAGAGUAAGAUUAAACAACAUCAAGUAGAAAGAACCUUUUGUCCGGAAGAAUUACGCAUGGAAUUAAAUACCUGUUUUGCCUGUCAAUUGGAUGUUCUUAACAAGCUAUGUAGUUUCGAGGAAGCUCUCUGCUCUGCAGAAUUACAAAGGGCACAACCUUCUAAUCCGAUACUACCAGCUAUGGGAAUUCAAUGGAAUUUCGAACGAAUUCAAAGGGCUGUUAAUCUGCAAAAAUCUACAAUUCUCUUUUAUACCAUUAGAGAAAAUGAGUAUUACCUUUGGAUCUUACAACCGAGGAAGGGUCUCGUAAAGUUCUUUUCUAGAAAAUCCUAUGAGAAGGAGACUAUGUCGACGAGACUACUUAAUUUAAUCAAUGAAAUAAAGAACGACGGUGUAAAAAGAAAUAAUUCUUACACUGUUGAAAAUCGUAGUCUGCCUAGAAAGGAUGCAGAUUUGACUUACAUUCGAGAACAAUUCGGAAAAUUGAAUGAAAAGAAGCUGACAACAGAAAGUAGAAAGUCUUCCUUAAUAACUAAUAGAACAAGUUCAAUAGCCUCUGAAGAGUUUUUUAGGAAUGAAUUGAAUAGUGCCGACAUCCUAAUUCAACAAACGUUUCCCCUUAGCUUUACGAUUGAUGGUAAAAAGGUUUCGUAUAAUUCAGAAUCGGAUAGGAAAGAUUCAACGUCUAGUUGCGAGAUCCUAGUUGAAAAGAAAAGAUUAAAGAAGAGAAAAAAGAAAAAGAAGAUUGAUGAAAGAAUUGUUAAAUAUGCUCAAGUCGAAUCGGAAUUAAUUGUAAAAUCAUCUUUAGAGCAUAUCAGAAAAGAAUACGAACAAUUACGAAAGAAACCAGCCUUGAGGGAACUUUACGAUCUUCUCAUAUCUCCUAUUGUUUAUAUGUUAGAAGAUAUAACCUCUCUAGUCAUUAUUCCAGAAUCAAUAUUAUAUCAUGUUCCAUGGACGUUUUUAGAGAAUGUUAAGAACGAAAGACUUGGAAAGAAAUAUAACAUUACCUUACUUCCCAGUUUAGCUUUCUUAGAGAGAACAAUCUACUCUGACUUAGAAAUAGCCGCUGUAAAGGAUGAGCUAAAGUGGAAUAGGAAAAAGGCAAGGGACGGAGGAUGCAUAAAACAUAUUACAAAAACAGCGAAAAGAAAUUUAAAUGAUACACUAAUGGCAUCUACCCCCACGAUGAACCUGAGGCAAACAUCGAAUCCUAGAUUAUUGACAUCUAGAGCUGGGGGAAGGUCUGGCAAACAAUCCCUUUCUAGAGAAUCUACUGCCAUUAGUCUUGUUAGAAGUGUCCUUCCAAUUGAGAGAAUAACUGGCAUAAACACAUUAAAUACUUUGACACUAAAAACCCAUACAAACACUGAUAUAGUUACUUCAGAUGUACAAAUUCCGGAAUUUAAACAAAUAAGUCAACAAGAUAAGUGUCACGUGAUAGGCUGUCCAAAAAUUGGUGAAGUAAUACUGUACGAAAAGAAAAUGAAAUUAAACUCUUGUACAAAAGCUAUGCAAAAAGAAUGUUUUGCAGUUUCCGAUUUAUUAGCAGUAAAACCCUGGGUUGGAGCGGAAGCUAACAGAGCUAUGUUCUUCUACUGUAUGAGAAAUAGUACAAUACUACAUAUCUCAACUUUAGGAUGCAAUUCCGAAGGUUUACUGGUAUUCUCACCAGAUCCCGAAUUGACCCACGAACAACCUCUACAAAAGAAUUCAUAUAUCGUAACAACUGACGACAUUGCAUCGAUGCCUUGCAAUUGCAGUCUAGUUGUCCUCAGUUCCGCUUGGAGCGAAAGAAGAAGAGAUGAAAUUGAACCAAAUUUUAAUUUAGCUUGUUCAUUCUUAAGUGCAGGAGCACAGUGCGUUGUAACAUCACUUUGGCCAAUUCCGAAUGAAGUCUUAUUGUUAUUCUAUAAAGAAUUCUAUACGGUAUUGUUAAAAGGUUGCUUGGUUAGCGAUGCGAUUAGAACUGCUUCUGAUAAAAUUAGUAAAUUAGAAGGAUUUGAAGGAAAAUCAAAUUGGGCCUCGUUUAUUCUAUUAGGAAAAGAUGCUUUUGUUAACCUACAAGAAAUAAAGCAUUGCCAAUUAGAUCAAUUAAUUGAUAAGGCUGAAGAUAAAUUUAAAGAAGAAUAUAAUUGGGAUCCGUUAAAUCCGUCACCGCUAACGCCAACUGAGAAAAGCAGAGAAUAUAUUCUAGAGGAGCUUAUGAAUAAUUUAUCAUCGCUUUUGGUUCGAAAUGAUCAACAACCGGAAGUCUUACCACAUCUUGUUGAUUUGCUCGAUAUGUCGAUAAAACGUCUAAAUAAUCAUAUGCCGAUUAGUCAGACUAUAAUGUUAAAUGACAAUCUUGCCUCGAACGUUCAAGCUCUUCUCAUACUCAGAUCUUUAGGUUUUCGUUUUCAGGCCAAAGACGGCGUUCUCUCCGAACCAUUUGUUGUAUUUCCUUACAACGAUAACGAAGUUUUAUUGCUUCCGGUAUAUGAUGCUCUAAGAGCUUGUCUCGACAUAAGAAAUAGUCCAAAAUUAUGUCGAGCACUCUACGAGCUUUUUCCUGCUACUCAAGAUAGCAUUUCUCAUAUUAUCGACUUGCUGGCUAUAACUAAACAUUCAACGGACAUUCAACUUUAUGUAACUGAUGCCACUGUAGCAGCAGUUUGGAGGAAACCAUCUGCAAGAGUUGUCCUAUCUGUUAUGGGCUUUCACCAAAUAUCGUCCCUAUUACAUUUUCACGCGACGCUUAAGCAUAAACGAUUGUUAAAUGCAACCUUACAAUUAUUUAUUUCAUUAUCUAAUGGAAAGAGUCCUCUCCUCCUAAGGAAAUUGGAUGUUAAUCUACUAGGAGGUCAUCACUUAAGAAAGCAUUCCCCAACCAAUGAUAUUUGUCUUCCUUCACUCACUCCGUUGAUUCUACCCAGAAAUCAGAUGAGAAUGGCAACCCCAUGGCUCAGCGUUUUGGAAAAUAGCGAGGAAAUGAAGGAGAAAAUAAAAUUGGCAUUUCGCAAAAAACGCCUCGACGUUGAAUAUCGUGAAACUUUAUCUAGAGCAAAAACUUGGCAUCAAACUCCUUUAGAAAAUAACGAAAACUCCCCUACUCAAAGACCAAUGACGUCACCUAGUCGAAGCCAAAAAGUUAAGGUAUUAGCAACGAGCAGCCAAUCGCAUAGCCGUUUACCAAUCGACCACAAGCCCUUAUUGACAAUACCGGAAACGGAGGAGAAUCGAGAUUACGCACGAUACAUCUUAGAUGAGAGACAGGACGAGGCAAAUAAAAGAUUCCGAAUACAUACAAGAAAACUUUUAUCACCUUACGCUCCGAAUACAAAUAUUUCUCCACCCGUUUAA